GUCAGGCUACCGAUAUCUAAGAUUAGAACAGGAGAUUUCGAUGCUUUCCUCGGUAGAUCAUCACCCAGCUCAAAGUGGGACAUAAUGCUGGUGGGAUCAAUUUUAGUGGCCUUCGUUGGGCUGACAAUGACCAUUGGCCGAGUCAUCAGUCUGGAUCACAGCAAUGCGACCUAUUCCUGCUUCUCCACAUUGAAUGAUCGGACAUCAUCGGCACACAUUCGUACCAAUGUAUCUACGGUAGCUCUUGACUGUCGCGGGGAGGCUCUCGCAGCUGAAUGCUUUCAACUACGCUGUCACCGCAUGACCUACAUUAGCUAGUUCAUCGCACGUAGAAGAUUGAGCCGAGAUUUGAAGGUCUAGAAAAGACAAGUAUGGCUAAGGCCGCCAUUACAUCUCUUACUGCGAGAGUC